UUUCCCUUGAACCCGCAGGUGAGGCGCUAUCAGAGGGACAUCAUCCUGUCUGCAGUGCAGAAGAACACGCUGGUGUCCUUGCCCACGGGUUUGGGAAAGACUCUGAUCGCAGCCGUCCUGAUGCACAACUACAUGACAUGGUUCCCUGACCGUAUCAUCAUCUUCCUGGCGCCGACAAAGCCCCUCGUGAAGCAGCAGCUGGAGGCAUGCUCGAGGGUGAUGGGAGUGUCUUCAAGGCAGAUAGCAGAGAUGACUGGAUCUGCGAACGUCUCGAAUCGGAGGAAUCUCUGGCAAACAAGAUCGAUCUUUUUCAUGACUCCCCAGAUCCUCGACAACGACAUAUGCCGUGGAGACUGUCCUGCAGAGAAGGUGGUGCUACUCGUCGUGGAUGAAGCGCACAGGGCGAUAGGUCGACAUGCUAUUGUCAAGUCGGUAGAGCAGCUGAAUCACAGGGUAUCAGCUGGACUGAGGAUCUUGGCUCUCACUGCCACACCAGGCAGCAAGCUGGAGAGAAUCCAGAAUGUCAUAUCGAACUUGAUGAUUUCGAACCUGGAGAUAAAGAACGAGGAGGAUGAAGAUAUCCAACAGCAUGUUCACAACAAGGAG